GUGGUCGAAGCACAGCAGUCUGCCGUCAGUAAUCUACCAGCCGGGAAAAAUCUCAUAGUCGCAUUGCGGCAUCUCCGUAAUGCACAGACGACUCGGACGUUCUGGAUAGACGCACUUUCCAUCAACCAAAAGGACGAAAUCGAGAAACAAAGUCAAAUUCGUCGAAUGCGAGACAUCUACAGGUCUGCUUACCAGGUGAUAGCCUGGCUCGGCCCAGAAGCGGACUCGAGCGGUCAUGCGAUCCAAACAUUAAAUUACAUCGGAGGCCAAGUCGAAUAUCUAGAAGGUGGCCACCUGUGCCCUUCGCCAGACGCCGUCGAGGAGAACUGGCACGACCCCGGAACCGAGCUUCCCUACGAGUCUCAGACUUGGGAUGCCGUCCACUCACUAUUUUGCCGUGGCUGGUUCGACCGAGUGUGGGUUAUCCAGGAAAUACUACUUGCUGACUCGCGGGCUCUGGUGCAGUGUGGAUAUUGCGCUAUCCCAUUCACAAUAUUUCGACGUGCCGCCACAUGCAUCAAAGAAAAUCAUCACGCAUCAAAGCUGGAAACUCGCCUGAGACACCUGGCCAAGAUCACAAACCCUUCGGUCGGGCUUCCGUUCGACCGUGUUCUGCGCCUGGGGAGCCAGAGAAAGUGCAAGGAUCCAAGGGAUUACGUCUAUGGCAUUCUAGGGCUAGCUCCGAAGAAACUCGCAGCAAAGUUUCGGCCGAACUAUUCCAACUCGGUGAGCCAAGUGUACAUGGAGAUGACGCUGCUCUACUCCAACCACAUCCAGAGGCUGGAUAUCUUGCAGCGGGCGUACCAGUAUGGGCGAAUACUCAAUCUUCCGUCAUGGGUACCUGAUCUCACCGCUCGAUUGCCACGAAAGUUCCCAUGCAGUGGGCAGUUCUCGGCAGGGUUCUCCCGCGCUCAUUUCACAUUCGAGGCACCAGCCGCGCUUUCUGCUCUGGGGGUGCAGUGCGCCCGCGUCACCGCAGUGUCGAGCAAGCUUUCUUCAGGAGGCGAGACGGCUAGUAGCACGAUCCGAGCAUGGCAGCCCGAGAACAUAACGACCAUCCCCUACCCAAACAACGAGACGUUACAACGUGCUCAUCUCAUGACUCUCCGCAAGGGUAGGGUCCGAGAGCGCUGGGUUGGUUGGAGGAACAUAUACCCGUCUUUCGAAGACUGGGAGCUCGCGUGGCUACGCUUCACUCGGGGUGAAACCUUCAAGGGAACGAAUGAGAUUCCUACCACAGCGUCAGCAGCAGACCGUCUCAUCUGUGACGCCAUCAACUUAUGUAUCGGGCAUGCGUAUGUGCGGACAGAUACGGGAUAUGUCGGGACAGUUCCGUUGGACGCUGAGAUCGGCGACAUCAUAUGCGUGUUUCUGGGCUGUGACUUUCCAGUUCUACUCAGAGAAAAGGGACUGGGACGCUUUGUUGUCGUAGGAGAGUGCUUCGUCUUCGGUCUGUACGACGCCACUAGUGUUCUUGGCCCGCUCCCUGCGCCGUGGGAGGUGCAAAUGUUUAAGAGCUUUGGCAACCGCUAUAAGUACCGCUUUUACAACAGAGACACGAAGGAGCUCGUCCAAGAGGACCCGCGACUGGAGGGGACUGAUCUGGGAGAUUGGGAGAGGUUCGACCAUGAGCCCGAGCCCGAUGAUCCUCCGGUGUUUGAUUACUUUCGACACAAGAUAACGAACGAGGUCAUUAACUCGGAUCCAAGAAUGUUACCUGAUGCGUUGAACGCAAGGGGUGUGAAGCUGACCUGGUUCAUGUUGAUUUAGUUAGUGACGGCCCUGAUAUGGCAUUUGAACUAGUUACGCUCCGAAUCCAAAAAAGGGGUUUCGAUCCGGCGCAGAGACAGUGCUCACG